UGAAGAAGGGAAGUGACCUCAGCAGUGAGCCGAAGACCACAGCCAACAGCUCCAUAGCACAUCAGAAAAACGCGUUCGUCAUUCGAGAAGACAAAGAUGUCUGGGCUUCUGCGAACAAUCGCUUGCCGUGCCGCACCUGCACUGCGGGGACACACCGUUUGUCAGAGGGCAAAUGUCUACACUCGACCUGCCAAGGAAAAGAUAGGCGCUAUGGAAACUGUCAUUGGAUUGGGUUUGUUCACCUUGGCCAUUCUCGGACCGUCUGGUUGGAUCCUGGCCCACCUGGAGGACUACAAGAAGAGAGAGUGAUUUGGCCACCUUUGCAGUUGGCAUACCGGAUCUGCUGUGUAAAGAUGGAGGCUUCGCCAACAGCCAGUUUUCAGUCUUUUAUCGCAAUCAUUUGACAUCUCCGGGCCCAAGUUAUGGACAAAAUAAUGGUUCCAGAAUGAUAACCAUUAUACAUUGAGUUUUGUGCAUAUUUUAUUGUAUGUACAACAUUAAAAUUUCAAGCCACAUA